AUGCCGCAUGACAUGCACAGAACUUCCUCGACUUCUUCCUCACAAAUUUCAGCCUCUCCUCCUGCUUUGCCUUAUUAUACAUCUAAUCAAACUUCUCAGACACCCACUCCACGCCAAUCAAAAGCAGACCAGAUCGUACAGAAUUUUUAUACCAAAGUUGCUCAAAUUAUUACCCAAGCGCGUCUUAUACAAUAUGAUAGUUUAAGCAGCGGAACCGUUUCGUCUAAUGCAAACCUUGCAUUACACCCACGCCAAACGCCCCAUCAUCAAAAGAAGCCUAACAAAUGGUUUAAUUUAGAAAUAUGGGAUUCAGAUGUCUACAAAGAAGAUUUAAAAUAUUGGCGGCAUACAGUUACAUCUUCUACAGGAUUACCGCCACAUCCUAUGAUUAUAGAAUUUUUUUUGGAUACAUCUGAGUUACCAAAAGACACAAUACUUGUCAUAACUGACGAAAUUUUAAAGAGACGUAGGGUAGAUAUUCAUAAUUCUGGUGACAAUGCAGAUGGAAAAUCAAAAAAUAUUUUACUAGAAAGCUGGCAAUUAACUUUAAGCCAUCCAUUACCAGAUCCACCGCCUGAUCUUCCUGUUGUUUAUAAGAAAUCAAUUGCAUUCUUUCGUUCUUUGUAUGCUUAUGUUCGAUUGCUUCCAGCUUUUCGACUUUAUAAAAGAAUCAAAAUGAAUUUAAAUAAUGCUUUGAAAAUUGGGUAUCGAUUCGUGUUGCCCAGCACUAAUCAUGGAGAUUAUAUCGGCAUUGACGUGCCUAUAAUAGAGGGAGAAUCAAGAAAUGUUUCUUCAAAAUUUAAAUUUGGUUCAAUUGAUACUCCUUUGGGAGUGUUAUCCUUAAAAGUAAAUUAUCGAUCAAAUUGUGAAUUCCAUAUCGAUGAAUCAGCAGAAGGCAUUUUGAGUUCAAAUUUGAUGGAUAUGAUAGACUUUGAUGAGCAAUUUUUUAAACCUACACAUGAAUGGCAUUCGCCACAAUAUCCUAAUACAUUACUAAGUGGUACUUCACCUUUACGGUCAUUGAGUUCUCCAAAGUCAAACCCAGACAUGAAAGAAUAUUCAAAUUCUGAACUCACCUUUCCAAAAAUUCAUGCUCCGCCUUCAAGGCCUCCUCCUUCAACAUUUGCUUCAACUUUAUCAACAUCUCGUAGUGGGCAACGGGAUAAUCUUAUGUCAUCAUCUCCAACGUCACGUCCAAAUGUAACAUUGGUUCAGCCUUUUAAAUCACCAUCCCUUUCUUCUUCACCUUCUCAUGCAGAUAACCUUCCAUCACCAACAUCAUCCGAUCGUAUAUCUUCUUCACCAUUACACAGGUCACCAUCUUCACUUUCUUUACAGCAACGAAGUAUUUAUACUACUUCUUCAGCAAGACCAUUAUCUAUAAGUGGAGGUGCUACACUAUCAUCUUCAGUUAAAUCGACUUCAUCGGCCGGAAGUUUACCGAGAUUUUCUUCAAGUUUUAGCUACCGACAUGAGAAAACCGGUGGAUCCGGUGGAAGAGAACGAGAUGAAAGCAUUAGUAGUCGAAGAAGAUCAAGAUCAAGUUUAACAAAUAGGAGUGACGGGUCCACAAGUGAUCGGGGAUCCUUUAAUUCA